UUUGUCUUUUCUCCUUGUCACGGCCAAAGCAAGGAAAAGGGGAAGAGAGAGAGAGAGAGAGAGAGAGAGAGCAAAAGGGAGAGACAGUUAGCAGAAUUGGAAAAAACAGAAAAAAGUCUAGGAAAAAGUCCAGAGCUAGCUGCUGCUGUUUAGUUUUAAAUCUCCUUGUACCUGCAAGUGUCCAUUUUCCUGUUGACUCGUCCAGCAGCACAGCAUCCUCACGGGGCUAGCUCCCCCCUCCUCCUCCUCCAUUUUGGGUUUUACCCCUCCUGUUGCUCGUGGAGAGGGAGAACAUGAAGGCCCUCCUGCUGUCCGUCCUGGCUUGCGCGUACCUGGCCUCCCCCGUCCGCGCCGAGGAGGGACUGGAGUUUCCCAGCUUCGACGGCAAGGACCGGGUGAUCCACAUCAACGAGCGCAACUACAAGAAGGCGCUGAAGAGGUACAACAUGCUGUGCCUGCUGUAUCACGAGCCCCUGUCCUCCGACGCCGAGCUGCAGAAGCAGUAUCACAUGACGGAGCUGGUGCUGGAGCUGGCUGCACAGGUCCUGGAGGACAAGGACAUUGGCUUUGGAAUGGUGGACUCGCACAAAGAUGCCAAGGUUGCCAAAAAACUGGGUCUCGAGGAGGAGGGCAGCGUGUAUGUCUUCAAGCACGAACGCGUGAUCGAGUUCGACGGAGAGCUCUCCGCAGACACGCUGGUGGAGUUCCUGCUGGAUCUGCUGGAGGACCCCGUGGAGCUCAUAAGCAACUCCCUGGAGCUCCGCGCCUUCUACCGCAUGGACGAGGACAUUAGGCUCAUCGGCUAUUUCAAGAGCGAGGACUCGGAGCACUUCAGGGCCUUUCAGGAGGCAGCAGAACACUUCCAGCCCUAUAUCAAGUUUUUUGCCACCUUCGACAAGGCUGUAGCUAAACAGCUCACCCUGAAGAUGAAUGAGGUGGACUUCUACGAGCCCUUCAUGGAUGACCCUGUGACCAUUCCCAGCAAGCCUCAUCUGGAGGAGGAUAUAGUGGAUUUCGUGAGAACUCACAGAAGGCCAACACUGCGAAAGCUUCGUGCUGAAGAUAUGUUCGAGACAUGGGAAGACGACAUGGACGGAAUCCAUAUUGUAGCUUUUGCUGAAGAGGAAGACCCCGAUGGUUUUGAGUUCCUGGAGAUCCUGAAGGAGGUGGCGAGAGACAACACCCACAACCCGGACCUGAGCAUCGUGUGGAUCGACCCAGACGACUUCCCGCUGCUGACGACCUACUGGGAGAAGACCUUCAAGGUUGACCUCUUCAAGCCUCAGAUCGGAGUGGUGAAUGUGACAGACGCGGACAGCAUAUGGCUGCCCAUACCGGAUGAUGAAGACCUACCCACUGCAGAGGAGCUGGAGGACUGGAUCGAGGACGUUCUGUCCGGAAAGGUCAACACCGAAGAUGAUGACGAUGAUGUUGAUGACGAUGAUGACAACGAUGAUGACAACGACGACGGCCACGAUGAUGACGACGACGAUGAUGACGACGAUCAUGAUGAUGAUGAUUAAUUUAUGAAAGGUGGAAUCGGAAUGUCUGUUUAAAUGACACGUCAUCGUGUUGGAUUCUGCAGUUAUCAAGAGCAACGUGUUCAGGGAUAAAUCAUGACAACAUCAAAUAUGAAACAAAGAAAAACCCUGAAUGCUUUUACAGAAUUUUGUACAUUUUGUACGUUACUGUAUCUUCUAUUACAACUUCGCUUUUCGUAAGUAUAGGACACUUGCAGAAAGACAUGAGUAUCAUUGAGCAAUUUCUCAUUCCACAUUUCUUAUUGCUUUUAAAUGAGAUUUAUAAUCUAGGUAAGUUAAUGAAUGAGGUGUAAUAGCUGGUCAUUUUGUGCAGGGUAAUGAUAAAAAUCAUUACAUCACAUGCAUUUAGCAGACGCUCUUAUCCAGAGCGACUUCCAGCACAAUAGAAGUGUAUCCAUUCAAGUUAAAAUCUUGAUAGCAUGCCCAAAUGAGCAUCGUGGCGGAUCCCAUGAAAUCAGUAGAUGCCU